GUACACUCUAAUAUAGUAGUUUAUAAACAGCACACAGUGUUUUGACGGAAACAAUAUUUAAUAUCAUUUUUGUGUGUUGAGAGAAAAGUGGUGUAAUUAAACACAAAAAUAUAUUUAUUUAUUUUUCGUGUGUGUGUCUUUGAUUCGGCAAUAGUUUCAACCGAAAAUAAUCUACGGAUUUUCGUUUACCAAAAUUAAAUGUGAUUCAUGAAGUUCCAUGCAACGAAUACAAAAUCCUUUUUUAUUUAAAAUACAUAAAAAAGAAUACCAAAAAUAAAAGUACUAUGUGAAUCGUGCAAAUCGUGCCGUGUAUAAUCCAGACAAUCGUCUCUAUGCAAAAUAUUUUUUAAUCGAUACGAUUCUAAUUGAAACUCUGUACCAAUUGAAUAAGAGUACAUAUUUGGGAACCACACGAAGAAAACAAAAAGAGGAAAAUAUCGAAUGCCAUUUUAAUAAACGUUUUGUGUUCGAUUAAAUAAGACCGACAAUUCCAUUUCUGUUUCAAUAUUAUACUCUGUACAGAAGAGGAAAAAAAAACCCGGUGUUCGGUUCAUCAUUUUUUUUUAUUAUUAUUAUUAUUCGGUCGGUGAAAAUAGUCGAAAUCGGUUUUCUUGUAUGGGGUAUUAUUUUGGUGUGUAGGAGAAAAAUGCCGGAUACGAUUGUCUUGUGGAAUCGAGUUAGUUUCGGUGUUAGCAACGACCGUGUAAUUAUUUGUUGUUAAUUUUGAAUGAAUUUCGUUUAACUUCUUUUUGGCAUACAAUGUGCAGUGUUUGAUUGAAAUGAACAGUUAUCCUGAACGAACCGUAAAAUAAGAAGAAACAACGAGAUUUUCAUCAUUUCGUGGUUUGGAUAAUUUCAUCGUAUAAUUCAGAACAAUGUGCGGCAAUGAUUGUUUUGAAAUUGGACCACCACCACCCGACACCAUUUUAUCGUUGCCACCACCACCGUUGCCGGCUUUUCUAUUGCCACGAUCCGCAAUAGUUGCGAUAUCGGGCAAUGAAUCACAACCGUGUUUCGCUGCGUUUAUAUGCCAACCGUCAACGGGCCACAGAGACAAGACGAAUAUUGAAUUCAUCGAAUCACCGAGAAAAGGAAUAGAUGAUUCAUGGAUUGUGAUAAUUAUUUCAUCGUGUGUUGGAGUGCUGUUUCUAGGGGUUUUACUUGCGAUGCUGUUAAUUAAAUGUCGAGAUUCGUAUAACGUUCGUAAGACAACGAAUAAACCGCCAACAUUAGAAGUGAUAUGUGAAUCUCAUGUAAAUGUAAAGCCAGCCUCUUACGCCACAACAAAUACAAUAUGUCCAUGUUCAUCGAAUACUCAUCAAAUACAACGUCAGCUAGCUAGUGAAAAUCGCAUGCUCUGGGCGACAUUAACGCCGCAUGGUACAAGGCAUUAUAUUACCGAGCCAGAACCGUAUCGGCAUGAAGAACAUUACGAAGUUAUAGAUAGCGAUAGUAUAAGAAGAAAAUUUCACACAAAUGUUAACCAUAGUGCUAGUUCCAGUCCUAGACGGAUUCCAAUAAAGUCAUUCGAUAACAGCGCAUUCAUUGAUUAUGAAUACGACGGUUUUUACAAUACGGACGAUCUGGACUCGGGGUAUCAAGAGCCGCACGAAAUACUUGAAACUCUGUCCCGAAGUUCGCCGAGACCGUUAGUAUCAUCGCCCACACGAAUCGAGCAUCCAAAUAUGGCACCGCUGAAUAUGCAUCCGCACAGUCGUGGCUAUACGGGGACGCUAAGCAAACGACCAACAAUACAUCGACGCACCAGUGAAACAUCUUCUCAUGGAACACCAAAUAAUUAAGUAGGUACAGUACACACACUCAUACACGAUAUAUGGAACCAUUUAAACAAAUUUCAGAAUAUUUAUGAAAAAAAAAAAUAAUUCGCCUCCUCGUAUCAUAUUACAAACCCAUCACAAUUAUCAAAUUGCUCACAACAAUCAAUGUUAAAGUUGAAUUAAAAUUGAAAAAAUUUUACUCUCAUUUUAGUUGGAUUAAGAAAAAAUCCUCGCAAUUUUUAUAGUAAACUAAAACCAGUGAUCGCUUUAAAACGCUAAAUAAUAAAAUGAGAAAAACGAGAAAAAAAAUUCCGAUUUCGAAUUAAUUUUAUUUUCGGUUUUAUGGUCGAGGCGUUACUUUGAUGCGG